GAACAUUUCCUUCAGAUGAGACACUAUGAAGAUAUGAUUGUGACGUAGUCAACACGUGACAGUGUAACAUGUGACUGUGAACAGACAGGACUGUAGAGGGAUAGGCUGCUAAAGCUGACUUUAAAAAGUGAGGCAGCGGUGUGGCACCGACUCGGUGCGGACAGGGAAGCCGCCAGGAUGCUCUAUCUGAUCGGACUGGGGCUCGGAGACGCGGCGGACAUCACGGUGAAGGGUCUGCAGGCGGUGAGGAGCUGCUCCAGGGUUUACCUGGAGGCCUACACCUCCAUCCUGACUGUGGGCAAGGAGGCUCUGGAGGAGUUUUAUGGGAAGGAGCUGAUCCUGGCUGACAGAGACCUGGUCGAACAGGGAGCCGAUGAGAUCCUGAAGGAUGCAGAUGUUACCGAUGUGGCGUUCCUGGUGGUGGGCGACCCGUUCGGCGCCACCACCCACAGCGACCUGGUCCUGAGAGCAGUGAAUGCUGGGAUACCGUAUAAAGUCGUACACAACGCCUCCAUCAUGAACGCAGUGGGCUGCUGUGGUCUGCAGCUGUAUAAUUUCGGGGAGACGGUAUCGUUCGUGUUUUGGACGGAGACGUGGAGACCAGAGAGCUUCUACGACAAAAUCUGUAAAAACAGAAAAGGCGGACUACACACACUCUGUCUGCUGGACAUCAAAGUCAAAGAGCAGAGCGUCGAGAACAUGAUGAGAGGGAAGAAGAUCUUCGAGCCUCCUCGCUUCAUGACGGUUGGUCAGGCUGCAGAUCAGCUGAUUCAGAUCAUUCAGAAGAGGAGGGAGGAGGGGGCGGAGCUAGGUGUGACGGAGAACACGGUGUGUGUGGGCGUGGCCCGGCUCGGCGCGGACGACCAGACGAUCCGGACCGCAACGUUACAGCAGCUGGUGUCAUGUGACCUCGGCGGCCCACUCCAUUCGCUGGUCAUCACCGGUCGACUCCACCCGCUGGAGGUGGACAUGUUGCAAGUGAACGCAGAACCAAAUGCACUGCAGCACCUGCACAUGCUCGACAGCUCCACCUACUGCUCGUAACACACGUCUGUAUUUGUGAGGACGUCACUGACUGGAAGCAUUUCUCAGCUCGGUCCUCACAAAGAUAGCAAAACAACUCCACAACAGACUGCAGGAUGCUGCUGCUGAGCAACAGAAUUACGACUGAAAACAUUACGAUCAAUAAUUCUCUUUAUGCCCUGAUGAAAACAUCUGUUGUUGUCAAGCUGACUGAUAUGAUGUCAUCAAUAAAGAUCAAUAAUCAGC